AUGGCUGGCCUAGAGCACUACCGCAUGUCCAUGGACCCGGCUAUCCAGAAGCUAGGGAACAUGACCACGAACCGCCACAAGUUCUUCCGAUGGACUCCGCGAACCGCCCGCAUCACCUUCAUGUACGCCAUCGUCGUGCCGGCCAUCUUCACCGUUGUCGCAUACACCACCGACGGAAAGUACGAAUUGCGAGCGAAGAGGAAGGGUGACUUGAUUAAGGAGUUCUAA